AUGGACGGUGACAGCUCUGGCUCCAAUAUCCCGGGACAUGUGCCCGGCCCUGCUGUGAACCCUCAAGCUCAUGCUCAAGCCCAGGCUCAAGCUCAGACCCAGAUCCAUGCUAAUGCCCGUGGUUCGGGUGAACGGUCCGAGGGCGUCUCUGACCUAGGAAGUCAAGGCCGCCCCCGCAAAUUUGUGAUACAAAGCACCUUUGGUGUACCCAGAGAGAGGAGGAGUCGAAAGAGUCGGCCGUGCGAUGCAUGUCGCCGCCGGAAGACUGCUUGCAUUAUCACUACGGAGCCUCCAUGUGCCUUCUGUAAGAGUAGGGGGAUAGUAUGCCAGUCCACGUCGACUACAGAUGGGCCACUACUACGACAGCAAUCGGGCUCCGAGGGUGGCUCUACGAACUCUUCCAAGCCUGCAGGUGCAGAUCAUUCUUUCCCCGACUCUGGCCCUGGUGAUUCUGGAGGGCGGGAUGCAACAGACAUUUUGGCCAGCCCGAAUACCAUCAAGUCUAGUCCUCGACCUAUCACCUCACCCUCCAAUGUCUCCGUUUCUGCAGCCAGUGACUGCUCUCCCCGCACAGGCUAUGAAGCAAGUUCUGGUAGCUACUUCAUGGAUAUUGUACAACCUACAUUGAACUCUCCGGAAUCGUCAUGUAUCAGCGGCGCAGGCUCAGUUCAUACACUGGAAGAUAAUCCCGGCAGAGCGACCUACUUUCUCGGUCGUACUGCUGAGCAAGACCCUUUUGUUCUAGAUGCCUUUAGUUAUGGCAUCUUAAGUGAGACGGCAACCGUUGACGCCAAUGUAGUCCAGCUGCACCGUGGCGGCUCGGAUGUCGACGACCUCCCGCUCCAUUUCCUCUUCCUGUCCAUGGGUCACCCCAAGCACACCAAUGAAACGAGGGAACAGGCUUCCGAUGCCAUCGAGACAAAAGUCUGGCCGCACGCUGACGUGCUCGUCGCGCUGUAUUUCAAGCAUGUGCACCCGGUUUUGCCAAUAGUAUCCAAGGUUCGCUUCCUUCGCCGCUAUGCAGGCAACAGCAAGUCGAUACCAGGAUGUCUACGUGGCGCGGUGUACGCUCUCGCAUCUGUUUUCUGGGCAGAGGACCCCAGCACUCGCCGUGGGGACCGAUUUCCCUUGGAGCAACACGAGAUUGUCGAUCAGGCUCAUAGAGCCCUUCGCAGAGAAAUAGAAAACCCCAACUUCUUUGUUUUGCAGGCUUGUUUGCUCUUGAUACACGUCCAACCGCCUUCCAUCGAUGCCAUGGAAGCGCCGUCAACUUUCACGUUGAGUGCGCAAGCUACCGCAUGUGCGCAACUGAUUGGACUUCACCAAGAUCCUGGCGAUUGGAAUUUGGAGAUUGUUGAAAAGAAGUUGAGGAAGAAGCUCUGGUGGGCGGCCUUUGUAACAGAUUGCUGGGCUGCGGUUUCACACGGCAACCCUCCUCAUAUCGGCGAAACCUCGUACAACACUACUAUGCUCGAUAUAGAUGAUCUUCGCUGCGAUGAAGAUGUACCUGAGGAAUUGCAGCAUCUUGUUGACCGUUCGAGUUGGUCCUUUGAUGUCGCAUCAGGUGCUCGAUUUUUGGAAACGAUAAAAAUCACCCGAUUACUGCGAGGCGUCAUUGAUAGCAAUUUUCAAGUCGACACGAGAACGACAGACUUGCAUCAACGAAUAGCGUCCCGUAACCAACUCGCUGACAUACACGACAAAUUGAAGGAUUGGCCCAGCCUGAUACCCUCUUGUUUGGUUGUUUCUCGAAAUAGAGAACCUGCCACUUCCUGCUAUAACUGCCCCCUUCAUCUGACUUUUUACGCAACAAAGGUCCUCCUUUAUCGAGCCUUGAUGCAUCCUGCUACUAAAGCUGCGAAGACGGACCCUAACUCUAAUCUGAGACAGUGGUUUCCAUUUGCGAUUGCGGAUUUUGGGUGGUUCACGGAGUUUUUCAUCAGUAUCAACCCCGGUGACCUAAGAGGUUUCUGGGGUCGUCAUGCUCGAUCUCAGCUAAUUCUCUGUGGAAACUUCUUGGUUUAUCUAUUUCUUAUGGCAGCUGAAAGAGAGCACAUUGAAGCUGCACAUAGAAUGCUGGAAACCUUCCGAGUAAAGGUCAAUAAUAUAGCCGACACAGAUCAUGUUCCGACACGAGCCCUGAUUCGAGCUACGACGAUUCGCACAAACUCGUUCUUUUCACAGGCCGCAGCCGUAAUGCGCCACGGCCCGGAAGCGUCCAUCACAGAACCUAUAACGAUAUGUGGAGUUGACGGGCCAAUCAAGGGCCAACAGGGCACAGGACAAUUCCCCUAG